AUGGCGAUCAACAACGUCCUGCAGGGCAUUUCCCAACAGGAGCCCGUCUAUGAGUCUAUCCCAGCAACUCCUUAUACCCCGUCAACUUCUUUGAGUUAUCCUAGCGAUGUAGAGGAUCAUGACCUGGAAAUAUUCGGCACCGCCAAGCGUCAAGCGAAUCAAUUACCUACCCUUUCGCGCUUCCUGGCGGACUAUACUUUAGGUUUUGCCGACGGAUUGACUGUGCCAUUUGCUUUAACCGCCGGAUUGUCUUCGCUCGGCCAGACAAACACAGUCAUUCUCGCAGGAAUGGCAGAAAUCGCGGCGGGCAGUAUCAGCAUGGGUAUUGGUGGAUAUCUCUCGGCUCGAGGAGACAUUGCAGCGGCAGCAGCCUCGCUGAAUGAUGCUAAGCGGCAAAAUCAAGCAACGCAGACGGACCUUGAGAAAACGUCGGCGAAUAUGAGCAGCAAAGCUGCAUUGGAAGAAUACCUUGAACCUCUGCGAUUGCCAAAGCAUUUACUGGAUGCUGUCAAAGCUCAUGCCAAUAUGCAGCCAGGUAUCGUUCAUGCUAUUGUCGCGCAACGCGAGAGCCUCCUGGCCAGGAACGAUGCCAAUUCUGAGGAUGAACAGCCAUGCUCACCGAUUUGGAAUGGCCUUUCGGUGGCAAUAGGCUAUCUAUUAGGCGGCCUCCUCCCACUCUUCCCGUACUUUUUCGUCACCGACGUCAGCGCUGGUUUGAAAUGGAGCUUUGGCGUCUGCGUGAUAGCCCUAUUCAUCUUCGGCUUUACCAAGCACUAUCUGCUGCAAGAGGAGGUCGAGGAUAAGCACUGGAGUCACGCAUGGCACUAUCACUCAAGGCGGUGGAACAGAAUCAAGCAGAGUGCCUGGGAAGGUCUACAAAUGGUGAUUCUUGGGAGCAUCGCUGCUUUCGCUGCACUUCUUUGCGUAAAAGCCUCAGAGCUUAUCGUAGGAUGA